AGGUAGGAUUUUCCAGUCGUUAAUCCUAUAUCUCUCUGCUAUCCUAUAAAAUGCCUGUGCAAGAGCUGGUUUCAUACUGAUGAUGGUAAACGUUUUAGUUACAGCAUUCCUUUCCCUGACCACCACCGCGGCGCAGUAUCUUGGCGCUUAUUAUGGGCGAUAUGGAUAUCCGUGUCCUCUGCCUUUGUCGCGUAUCGCCACUGGCUACAUGACAGGUCUUGGAUAUGGCACACCAACGUAUGGACUCAGUGUUGACCCUUACAAUUCUGCCAAUUCGUUAGCCAUGGCUGGGAUGGUUGUGGAUCCAGCUUUGAGUGGAAUGUGUGUUGAUACUAAUAUGCAAUGCCCAAUUUGGGCAAGCACAGGCCAAUGUUCAACAAACGCUCUUAUCAUGCGGAGAAUGUGUGCUUUGUCAUGUGGAACUUGCGUACCAGGAGCAGAAUACGGGGGUAUGGUGCAAGGAAUGGGUUUAGGUUACGGAGGUUAUGAAAUAGCACCACUAUCUUCACCCCUUUUCGGUAGAAGCAUCUAUGAAACAGGAAUCUUGCGUUCACCCAUGAGAACAACAAUCUACCCGAAAAGUGAUAAAAGGAACAAGCUUGUUCCAGCCGACGUGUAUAUGCUUGGAAAGAGUUGAAAGUGAUUGCGCAGUUUUCUAUAUUCAGAACCGAUUGUUUAUGCAUUUCUUUCAUAAAGUCCGCCUUCACCUGAUCUCUUAGCGCAGUAACAUAUAAGCUUUCAGCUUCAAGUUUCAUCACGUUCAUAUUAUAAUAAGUCGUUCUACA